AUGGUUCCUCUCACAAAAAGAAAGAGAGAUGAAGAAUCUCCUUUAACGAGAGAAGAUGCUACAAAACAACCAGAAGCUUCUGCUCUUAUAAGAAAUACUGAAGAAGUAUCAUUUCCAAGAGGUGGGUCAUCAGCAUUAACCCCUUUAGAACUGAAACAAGUAGCUAAUGAAGCUGCCAACGAUGUUUUAUUUGGUAAAGAAUCUGAACCUACAAGCAAUGAAGCAUCUAGACCUAAGAAGAAGAAAAAGAUUAGUAAGAAAAAAUCCUCAUCGAAAACAGAAAGCGGUAAUGAUGAAGAAGAAGAGGAAAAAUUAAAUGUUGUUCAACACGCAAAUUUCAAGACUUUAAAGGUCGGAUCUUUAUUACUUGGUCAAAUCUCAUCUAUUACCAAAGCCGAUCUCUGUGUUACAUUCACUGAUAAUAUUUCUGGUUACAUUAAUUUAACACAUAUUUCAGAACAAUUUACGUCCAUGUUAGAGGAACUAGAUGAAGACAUGUCCUCAUCCGAUGAACAGGAUACGAAAAACAAAGAAGAUAAUGAAGAAUAUGAUUCAUCCGAUGAUGAAAAUUCUGAAAAUAAGAAACCACAGACAAACAAAGAGCUACCAUCAUUAGAAAGAUAUUUCAAAAUUGGUCAAUGGUUAAGAUGUUGCGUGAUAACUAAUAGUGCUUUGGAACCAAAGAUGAAAAAGAAAAACAGUAAGAGAAUUGAACUAACAAUUGAACCAUCCCGCGUAAAUCCAUUUCAAGAAGAUGAUCUCCUUAGAUCAACAGCUGUCCAAUGUUCAGUUAAAAGUAUUGAAGAUCAUGGUGCGACUCUAGAUCUCGGUAUUGAAAACAUGACUGGGUUCAUUUCCAAGAAAGAUUGUCCAGAUUUUGAAACUUUAUUACCAGGUUCAGUGUUCUUAGGUAAUGUUUUCAAAAAAUCUGAUAGAUCAGUGCAAGUUAAUAUGGAUUUCACUAAUAAAAAGAAUAAAAUAACACAAAUUUCUUCAGUCGAUGCUGUUGUGCCAGGUCAAUCUGUUGACUUGUUAUGUCAACAAAUUACACCAAGAGGUAUAAAUGGUAAAGCAUUUGGUCUUGUUCCAGGUUUCAUCGGUAAUGCACAUUUGAGAGUGUUCAAGGAAGAAGAUUUAAAACAUAAAUUCGCCCUUGGUAGUAAUAUUCAAGCUAGAAUUAUUGCAGUACUGACCAACAAAGAGAAUGACAAAACUUUAAUAUUGUCUAUCUUACCCCAUAUUCUUAACUUAGAAAAUAAAUUAAAAGCAACAGAAAGCUUAUCAGCCUUCCCAAUUGGUUACAAAUUUGACUCAUGUGAUGUGAAAGGUCGUGAUUCUGAUUACUUAUAUUUAGCUUUGGAUGAUGACCGUAUAGGUCAAGUUCAUUCCUCAAGAGUAGGUGAACAAGAAGGAACCGACAAGUUACCAGCUAGAGUUCUUGGUUUUAACUCAGUUGACGAUGUAUAUGAAUUGGUUACUGCUCCAGAAACUCUGAAACUAAAAUACUUGAGAACAAAAGACAUCCCAGUUGGUGAGUUAUUAACUGGCUGUGAGAUCGAAACUGUUUCUAGUAAAGGUAUGAAACUAAAAAUAUUCAAUGGUCAAUUUACGGCAACCGUUCCAUCAUUACACAUUUCGGAUACUCGUUUGGUUUACCCAGAAAGAAAAUUCAAGAUUGGUUCUAAAGUAAAAGCUAGAGUGCUUAAUGUGGAUGAAAAGGGCCGUGUAUAUGUCACUUUGAAGAAAACCUUGGUCAAUAUCGAAGAUGAUAGUGAUAUCCAAUUUAUCUCGACCUAUGCUCAAGCUAAGACUAUUCAAGAAAAAAGUGAAAAGACAGUUGCUACAGUCGAAUCUUUCAGGCCCAAUGGUUGUAUUGUUUCAUUUUUUGGUGGUUUAACAGCAUUCUUGCCGAAUGCUGAAAUCUCAGAAGUUUUUGUUAAGAGACCAGAAGAACAUUUAAGACUUGGUCAAACGGUCAUCGUCAAAAUUUUGAAAAUGGAUGAAGAACAAUCAAGAAUGCUAGUAACAUGUAAGAUUUCCAAUGAUCAAGCCGAACAGAAAAAGGAAAGAAUUGAGAAAUUAAUUCCGGGUCGUUCUAUAGUUGAUGUUACCGUUCUUGAAAAAACCAAAGAAUCUCUAAUCGUCGAACUACAAGAUGUUGACUUACGUGGUGUCCUUUAUGUUGGUCAUUUAUCGGAUGCUAGAAUAGAACAAAAUAGAGCAGCAUUCAAGAAGAUUGUAGUAGGUUCUAAGCUAACAGGUCUAGUUAUAGAUAAGGACACAAGAACUCAAAUCUUCAAUUUAACUUUGAAGAAGUCGCUACUAAAGGAUGCUGAAAAAGAAUCAUCUCCGUUAUCUUAUGCUGAUCUUAAAUCAAAGGAUAAAACUACUCCAUUGCAUGGUUACGUUAAAUCUAUUUCAAAUAAAGGUAUAUUUGUUGCUUUUAAUGGUAAAUUUGUUGGUUUAGUUUUACCAAGUUACGCCGUCGAAAGCCGCGACAUUGAUAUUUCCAAGGUAUUUUACAUCAAUCAAUCUGUUACUGCUUAUUUAUUGAGAACUGAUGACGAUAAUCAAAGAUUCUUGUUGACUUUGAAAGAACCUACCAAUAAAGUAACGAUCACUACCAACUCCCUUGAAACUAUCAAUCCAGUUGAUCCAUCAAUGAAGAGUUUGAAAGACUUCACCCCAGGCACUUUAGUGAAAGCUCAAAUCAAAGGUAUUAAAAAGAACCAAUUGAAUGUAAUCUUAGCUGAUAACUUGCACGGUAGAAUCGAUGUAGCUGAAGUAUACGACAACCUAUCAGAAAUUAAGGAUACUAAGCAACCAUUAAGUGGUUUCAAAAAAGGUGACAUCGUUAAGGCUAAAAUCAUCGGUACACAUGAUAUGAAAAGCCAUAAAUUCUUACCUAUUUCUCACCAUGCUAUCAAAGGUACGGCAUUAGAAUUAUCAUUGAAAACUUCUGUUUUAGGGAAUCCUGUUGUAAAUAUGAAAUCUAUUUCCGAUGUUUCGGUUGGUGAUGAAUUAAUAGGAUACGUUAAUAACUAUACUUCAAAAUUCUUAUGGCUAACUAUUUCCCCAAUUUUGAAAGCCAAGAUAUCUAUUUUUGAUUUAGCUAAAGAUGGUUUGAAAGGAUCUGAUAUUGAAUCCAACUUCCCAUUAGGUUGUGCUUUACCUGUUACGGUCACUUCCAUCGAUACUGAGCAUGGCAUCAUUAAUGUUAAAGGUAAAUCCCACACUGUCAUAUCAAUUGCUGAUAUUAAAGUAGGUGACAGGCUUCCUGCUCGUAUUACCAAAGUAACUGAAAGAUAUUUGUUGUUAGAUUUAGGGAACGGAGUUUCUGCUUUAUCUUUUGCCACAGAUGCCUUGGAAAAUUUCUCUCUUUCAUUGGUAGCCUCCUUCAAAGGUAAAGAAAACAAACUUGUUUUCGUGAAGGUUUUAUCAGUAGAUGUCGAAUCCAAAAAGAUCCACGUUUCAUUGAAAUCUGAUUCUGCAAAAUCUUCUUCAAUUAAGUCCCACGACGAUAUUAAACAAGGUGACAUUGUCGAUGCUCUUGUUAAAAAUGUCUCAGACAAAGGUAUCUUUGUUUAUUUAAGUGGUUCAAUUCAAGCCUUCGUUCCUGUUAGUAAACUAUCUGAUUCUUAUUUGAAAGAAUGGAAGAAAUUCUACAAACCAAUGCAACAUGUCAUUGGUAAAGUAGUGAAAUCUGAUGAGGAUGACCGUAUUCUUUUAACUUUAAGAGAAUCUGAAGUUAAUGGAGAUUUAAAUAUUCUUAAGGGCUACUCUGAUAUUAAAGUUAAUGACGUUUUCGAUGGUACUGUUAAGAAUGUCACUGAUUUUGGUGUUUUCGUUAAAUUAGACAACACAGUUAAUGUUACUGGUUUAGCUCAUAUAACAGAAAUUGCUGACACACAACCAAAAGAUCUUUCUUCUUUAUUCGGUACUGGUGAUAGAGUUAAAGCCUUUGUUUUAAAGGUUAAUCCAACCAAGAAACAAUUAUCCUUAAGUUUGAAGGCUUCAAGAUUCAGCAAGGACAGUGCUACUAAGAAAGACACAGCUAAAGAAGAUAUGGACGAACCAGUGGAUGUCAUUGAUUACAAUAAUGAAUCUGAUGUGGAGUCUGAUGUUGAUGAACGUCCUGUCGUCACCAAGAAGACAACUGUAUCUACUGAUGAUUUAUCAUUAAGUACUGGCUUUGAUUGGACUGCUUCCAUUUUAGACCAAGCACAAGAUGAAGAAUCUGAAGAAGACGAAGAUGAAGAUUUCACUGUGAGUAAGAAACAUAAACACUCUAAGAAAAAACAGAUUGUUGAAGAUAAGACUAUUGAUAUCAGCACAAGAGCUCCAGAAUCUGUUGCCGAUUUUGAAAGACUAAUUAUUGGUAAUCCAAACUCAUCAGUUAUUUGGAUGAACUACAUGGCAUUCCAAUUACAAUUGAGUGAAAUCGAAAAGGCUCGUGAAUUAGCUGAACGUGCAUUAAAGACUAUAAACUUUAGAGAAGAAGCUGAGAAACAAAAUAUUUGGAUUGCUUUAUUAAAUUUGGAGAAUACAUUUGGUACUGAAGAAACUUUAGAAGAUGUUUUCAAAAGAUCAUGUCAGUACAUGGAUUCCUUUACAAUGCAUAAUAAGCUUUUGAGCAUAUAUCAAAUGAGUGAAAAAUCCGAUAAGGCAUCCGAAUUAUAUAAAGUUACUGCUAAGAAGUUCGGUAGUGAAAAGGUUUCUAUAUGGGUUUCCUGGGGCGAUUUCUUGAUUUCUCAAGGACAAACACAAGAAGCACGUUCUAUAUUAGCUAAUUCAUUGAAGGCUCUUCCUAAACGUAGUCAUAUUGAAGUUGUGAGGAAAUUUGCUCAGUUAGAAUUUGCCAAAGGUGAUCCAGAAGGUGGUCGUUCAUUACUUGAAGGUUUGAUAGCAGAUGCACCUAAGAGAAUCGAUAUAUGGAAUGUCUAUAUUGAUCAAGAAAUUAAGAUCAAGGAAAAGAAGAAGGUUGAAGAAUUAUUUGAACGCGUUUUGACCAAGAAGGUUACAAGAAAGCAAGCUAAAUUCUUCUUUAACAAAUGGCUUCAAUUUGAAGAGAGCCAAAAAGACGAUAAAGCUGUCGAAUAUGUUAAAGCCAAGGCCACUGAAUAUGUUAACAGUCACGCUGAAGAAAUUGAAGCUUAA